GUACAGCAUUAAAGAAAGUUACAGACCCUCUCUUGGCGGCUCCAUGAGGUACACGGGGAACUUGAAUGUCCCCGGAAAAUCAUCAACCACCUUAUCGUCUUCAUCCUCGUCGAAUUACUUCACCGAUAACACUAUCCUGCCUGGGAGACUCUCUGUUGAUGAGAACGUGUUCUGCAGAAGACCUUCAAGGAAAGAUUCAGAUGUAUUUUCCACUGAUCAAGUUCAUACCCACGACUCAGAAUCUGAGUACAGCAACAGAUCAAGUCCCUCCGUCAGUUUCCGGAAACCAUCCAUGGAAGUUUCGUCAAAGUACUUACAGGAAAUUCCAGCCAGGACUAGAAGAGGGACACCUACUUCGAAUCCAGCAUCAGCAGAUAGUUCUCCAAGAACAAAGAAAUUCAGCAUCAAGAAUGCGAUCAGGAGGGCUAAUUCUCUAACAGGAUAUGGCAGUGCUAUGUCACAGUGGGCACUGUCGCCGGGGAGGUCAGGUUCACCACCAGUCUCUGUUGAAACCAAGUCAAGACCCAUGUCAUUUUCAAGCUCCAGCUUGAAGCCACCUACCAGUCCUUCGAAAGCAAAAGGUGUGGAGAAGUUACUGAAUCUGGGGUUAAUGGAGUUGUUUAAGAGCAAGAGAUCUUCUUCUUUGCCAUUUGAUGUUGAGAGUGUUCAUCAGCUAAGGAUUCUCCAUAAUAGAUUGAUUCAAUGGCAGUUUGCCAAUGUCAGAGCUGAUUCUGUGAAUCUCAAGUUAAUUACUCAAGUAGAGAAAAAUUUGAUAUUUGCAUGGGAUAGUUAUACAAAGUUGCAACAUUCAGUGGUACAGAAGAAAAUCAAACUUCAAAAGGAAAAGUUGGAGAUGAAGCUGGACUCUAUAUUUCGGUCUCAAAUUAAACGUUUGGAAGCUUGGGGAGAUAUAGAAAGACAACACCUAGGAGCUCUUUCGAUGGCCAAAGAGAGCUUACACUCUGUUGUUUGCAGAGUACCUCUUAUCGAAGGUGCAAAGGUGGAUUUGCAAUCAGCUUCAAUAGCGGUCAGACAUGGGUCUGAUCUCACAGUUUCCAGUAUGUCGAUGUUGAGCAGCUUUUCUUCCUUGGCUGAGAGGACUGUUUGCUUGAUUUCAGAACUAGCAAAAGUGGUAUCACAAGAAAAAUUACUGCUAGAGGAAUGCCAUGAACAUUUCAGAACCAUAUCUCAAUUAAUGAUUCAAGAAAUGAGUUUGAAGAGUCAAAUCAUUCAAAUGGGAUUAUCAUAGCAGCAACAAUUGCAGAAGAGUGGAGACAGGAACAAGAAAGGUCAAAUUACCCAAUUAGUUUCCGAUAUUCG